CAAAGGGAUCAAGGGAAUGAAAAGUGUGAAAAGCUGGGGAGAGAACAGCCUAGAUAUUAGUACUAAGGCCUUAGAGUGGGAACAUAGGUUGUUGGAAGAAUGGCGAGGAGACAAAUGAGCAAGAGAGAAAGAGAAAAGCAGGAUGGUGGUGUGGUCGUGGAAGGUGGAGGUACAUGGAAGGUGAAGAUAUGGUUGUGGAAGGUGGUAGUACAGUCGUGGAAGGUGGAGGUACAGUUGUGAAAGGUGGAUGUAUGGAUGUGGAAGGUGGUGAUAUGGUCGUGGAAGGUGGUGGUACAGUCAUGGAGGGUGGAGGUAUGGUCAUGAAAGGUGGAGGUACAGUCGUGGAAGGUGGUGGUACAGUCAUGGAAAGUGGUGGUACAGUCGUGGAAGGUGGUAGUACAGUCAUGGAAAGUGGUGGUACAGUUGUGGAAGGUGGUGGUAUGGUCGUGAAAGGUGGAGGUAUGGUCAUGAAAGGUGGAAGUAUCGAUGUGGAAGGUGGUGGUAUGGUUGUGGAAGGUGGAGGUAUGAUUGUGGAAGGUGGUGGUACAGUUGUGGAAGGCAGAGGUAUGGAUGUGGAAGGUGGUGGUACGGUCAUAGAAGGUGGAGGUAUGGUCAUGGAAGGUGGAGGUACAGUCUUGGAAGGUGGAGGUAUGGUCGUGGAAGGCAGAGGUAUGGAUGUGGAAGGUGGAUGUAUGGUUGUGGAAGGUGGAGGUAUGGUUGUGGAAGGUGGAGGUAUGGUCGUGGAAGGUGGAGGUAUGCUUGUGGAAGGUGGAGGUGCAGAGAGUGAUUUCGUGAGGCCAUGCACAUUCUAGUAAGGGGAUAGUGAAGACUUGGCUUAUAUGUAGUGUAUUGAAAAACCCUGGGAGUUUUGCACAAAGGGAUGUUGUAACUUGACUUACG